UUUUCGAAGAGCUUACCGUUCACCUGAAUACAGGCCCGCACAUCUCUAAGGAUCCAGGUGUUUGGAGACCAGGAGCCUGAAUGCGGAGCCGGUGUUUCGGGGUGGGACACCCCGAUGUGGAGUGAGGCUUCGGCAGUCUCAGUGGACUGUGCACGGCGCACUCUCGCAGCCCUCAGGCUCGUCGCCCGCAGCCACAACCCACCUGGGGUGGGCCUGAUUUGGAGCCGUGAGGAUGGAGGCGCUCUCUGCGGCCUGGCUGCAGGAGGUGGGGACACACUGAGGGAAGAGUGUUGAUGAGGGAGUCUAGGGUUCAGAGGUCAGAGAUCAGGCUUGCGAGGAGUUAGAGGGGGGCGUCGAAAGUCGAGGGGGCCAGCGGCUGACAACUCAGGGAAGAUGUUUAUGAGUAAGGGGGCUUGAGGAAGGAGAGAUGUAACCGGUCUGGCAGCCUUCUUCGGAUACGGGCUGUGACCCCAAGCUCGCUCGGUAAGCAGCAGAACGAGGAGGAGGACCGAUGUAGUCUCUCGAGAGCGAGGAGACUGAAGAGAGACGAGAGAACGGAAAAGGAAUUCCCUGAAUAUCUAUUCCUUGGGUUCGACUCUCACUGUUGGCCACUCAGCCAGGCUUUCCUCAGUUGUGACCGUAGGUCUUGGCAUCCUGAGGAGAUGGCUUCUCCCUCUAGACAGCCCCCACUCGGGGGAUCAGGGCUGCUGCAAGGGAGCCGUACUCGUUCUUAUGGAAGCCUGGUACAAUCGUCCUGCUCCCCAGUGAGGGAAAGACGUCUGGAGCAUCAGUUGGAGCCUGGAGACACCCUGGCUGGACUAGCUCUCAAAUAUGGGGUGACGAUGGAACAGAUUAAGCGUACAAACCGCCUUUAUACUAAUGACUCCAUCUUCCUGAAGAAAACUCUCUACAUCCCCAUCCUGACAGAGCCCAGAGACCUAUUUAAUGGUUUAGAUUCUGAGGAGGAAAAUGAUGGAGAGGAGGAGGUACGACCCAGGAAGGAUGGCGCUGGUUCACAUUCAGGGAAGAGGAAGAAUCAAGAGUCAGGUUCAGGCCCGGCCAAUGGCGAAGCCCUCCCACAGCACCAGGAAGCCUCCACACCCAUCCAUGACCUUUCUGCCUCUGAUUUCCUUAAGAAGCUCGAUUCACAGAUCAGUCUAUCAAAGAAGGCUGCUGCCCAGAAGCUGAGGAAAGGGGAAAGUGGGGUCCCCGAGGAGGGCGCAGGGCUCCACCUCCGCUCCCCUAGGACGCAGCAGCGAGCAGUGCUCGGUCCGGUACCGCUGACCCGGACCUCUCGGACCCAAACACUGCGGGAUCAGGAGGAUGAGAUCUUCAAACUCUGACGGUACCGCUGACCCGGACCUCCCGGACCCAAACACUGCGGAAUCGGGAAGAUGAGAUCUUCAAACUCUGAUGUCCCCGGACUGCUGCGAGAAGCUGAGGGGCAGGAGUCUGAGGUGAGGCUCAAAAGCCCAGCUUCCCAGCCUGCCUCAUUCCUCUCCGGCCAUCUUGCCCAGCUGUUUGUCAAGAUUUCCUCAGCUGGGGACACUUUUUGCCAAGAGUUGGGAAUGGAAACUGAACUCUUCCCAGUUCUUGGGCUGAAUCUAUCGUUGUGCUUUAGAUUCAAAGGCUCCUUUACAGCCUUACAGUCCCUUCCACCGUUUCCCGGAUUAGAGCAGGGAAGCAGAGGAUCCCCACCCCCAUCUUUAAUGAUGUUACCUAAUUUAUUUGGUGCUACAUUGAAGUAAUAUUUAUUUGCUAUAUCUAACUCCUUCCUCCUCUUAACUGAAAUAAUGUGAUUUCUGUAUCACUGAAGAGAGGGAAAGCCAGAGUGGGAGGGGGCAGUUGGCUGCUUACCUUUCCCGCCUUCGGCCUCCGGCCUCCAGCCUCCUGCCUUCCUAGCGAGCAUGCUACUGAGGAGAGUCAGUGACACUCACCACAGAGACUGGUGGACUGGCUGGGCUGAGUCCUAAGUGAGCAGUUCCCUCUAACUCCUGACAGUUCUUGGCUCUGAGAGGAAGCAGUGGAGUGGGGUACUGACAGCCUCCCAGUCUGCCCCUUCACCUUCUCCCCUCUUCUGCUUGGCUAAGGGGUGGAAGAGGAGGCCUUGGGGUUCAGGAGGCAGUUGCAGAGCGCACCCCAACCUGCCUGUGUUCCUCACUUCGUAUCUAUUUGUAAUCGGUAGCCCCGAUCUGCAGUACAGUGUGUCUUUUGUCCCUUAAGCUGAAGAAUAGGCAUGGCAGCUCAGUAGUACCUGCCUGGCUUCUGUUCGCAAGUGGGAACCGGCGAGAUGAGUGGCGUUUCUAGUCCUCGCCUCUGUCCAGCCUGAGUAUGGAGCUAGAGAGAUUAAACAGUGACUCCUG